UAAAAGAUUUGUUCUCGGGCUAAUUGUUGCUUCCUGGAGAGAGGAGAGUGCCGGAAACUCGAUUUCAAGUCAAAAACACGAACAUGAAAACAAACGCUGUAAAAAAUGUCGAUACAGAAAGCUUAUUGCGAUACAAUUAAGCAGUUUUAGAAAACUUUUCUCGAUAAUUUCCUUGAAAAUCGCAAUUUAAAGAGAAUAUAUCUAGUGAAAUUGUUUCAUUAUAUUGGGGGAAAACAACUAUACAUUUUCUUGUGGAAAAAAUAAAUAUGGAAGCUUUCUUUUAGCAGUGUGCGGAUCGGCAUUCCUGCUAAACAUAAACGCGCCCUCCUUCCCUCCGCUUCUUUUUGUGACAUGCUCUAAUAGCCGAUCGCAGUUCCACACAACACGCACACUGACACCAAAAAAAGAAAGCCCACUCCCCAACUCCACCGGUCGGGGUGGGGAGGGGGGACAGCAGCUGGAUGAGAUUGGUUUCCAAACGCGCACCGAUGGCGGUGUGAGGCGUUUCGCGGUGGAUUUCUUUUUGUUUUUUGACCUCUUUUCCCAUCCAGGACGGCGUUUUUAGGGGACUUUUAACAAUAUGGAUUACUCGGUCUGUGUGCUCUUUCUCUUGACAACCGUCUCGUCUGCGUCGGCUGAAUUCCCCACUCAGGAGAUAGUAAAAAAAUGGGUGGACCAGAUGCAGACAAAUCUGAUCUCAUUAACAGACACAGCCAGCGGCUUGCAGAGUCUAAUACAGAGUUAUCACAAACACAGAACUCACUUCAGUGUGGAGUCCAACAUCGCCAGGCAGCUGGUGGAUACAGCUUCAGGGAACAUUGAGAAGCUGCUGGCGAACCGCUCCCAAGCCUUAAAGAGGCUGGCAACAGAAGCAGAAAAGUUUCAGAAAGAACAUCAGUGGACGGAAAAAAGUGAGGAUAAUAAAAUCUUUUACUACAACGCCAAAGAUGGAACAAACAAGACAGAAUUUGAGGAAAAGCAAAAAGGAGAAGAAGGAGAUGAGUUGAAAAACAGAUUCAUUCCAGAUGAUUUUACCAAUGAGACAGACGAGAACUUCAAGCGGACAGUCUCCUUCAACACCACCGCUGUCCACAUCCCCACGGACAUAUACGAAGGCUCCACCAUCAUUCUAAACGAGCUGAACUGGACCGACGCCCUGGAGGACGUCUUCCGGAAGAACCGCGAGGAAGAUCCCUCGCUGCUUUGGCAGGUGUUUGGCUCUGCGACGGGAUUGGCUCGUUAUUAUCCAGCAUCCCCUUGGACCGACACGAGCAGUUCCCCUGACAAGAUCGACCUCUACGACGUGCGCAGACGGCCGUGGUACAUUCAGGGCGCGGCGUCACCCAAGGACAUGCUGAUCCUGGUGGAUGCGAGUGGAAGCGUGUCCGGUCUCACCCUGAAACUCAUCAAGACGUCUGUCCACAAGAUGCUGGAGACCCUCUCCGACGACGACUUUGUGAACGUGGUUUCUUUUAACAAAAGCGCCAGGUCUGCCGCGUGCUUCGAGCACCUCGUGCAGGCCAACGUGAGGAACAAGCGAGUCUUGAAGGAGGCCGUGCAGAUGAUCAAAGCUGAGGGGAUCACCAACUACACCAGCGGUUUUGAGCUGGCGUUCGCUCAGCUCGCACAGACGAAUGUAUCCAGAGCCAACUGUAACAAGAUGAUCAUGCUGUUCACUGACGGAGGGGAGGAAAGGGCUGAGGAAAUAUUUGAGCAAUUCAAUCCAAAGCGAGAAGUGCGCAUCUUUACAUUUUCUGUAGGUCAACACAGUUAUGACAAAGGCCCAAUACAGUGGAUGGCUUGUGCUAAUAAAGGAUAUUACUAUGAGAUCCCCUCUAUUGGAGCCAUUCGGUUAAACACUCAGGAAUACUUGGAUGUUUUGGGAAGACCCAUGGUGAAGGCCGACAGGAAGGCCAAACAAGUUCAGUGGACCAACGUGUACCUGGACGCACUGGAACUUGGUCUGGUGAUCACUGGAACUCUGCCCGUCUUUAACAAGACUGACACCAGCUUGAAGAAACCUCAAAACCAACUCAUUUUGGGAGUUAUGGCUAUCGAUGUUUCCCUGGAAGAUAUCAAGAGGCUGACUCCUCGUUUUACCUUUGGACCAAAUGGCUACUACUUUGCUAUCGACCCAAAUGGAUAUGUGUUGCUCCACCCUAAUCUUCAACCACUGACUGCCAAGUUUGAUGAGCCUGUAACGCUGGAUUUUCUGGAUGCAGAGCUGGAGAAUGACAUCAAAGUGAAGAUAAGAACACAAAUGAUUGAGGGGGUAAAAGGGGAAUACACAAUAGAUACACUGGUGAAAUCUCAAGAUGAGCGCUACAUAGACCAAGGUCGAAGGACGUACACUUUUGGACCGGUGAGGGGGACCGACUACAGUUUGGCCCUGGUCCUCCCCGAUUACAGCAAGCAUUACAUCAAGGCCACCAUCGGCGACACCAUCACGCAGGCGAAAUGGAAGGAUGUUUCUGAAACGCUCCUGGUUGACAAGUUUAAUGAAUACGGCUACACAUUUAUUGCACCGAGGGCGUACUGUAAGGACAUGGAGCCGCUCAGCCAGUACGACAACAACACAGUCUUCCUCACCAUGUUUAAUGACUACAUCGACAGAAGGACUCCAAACGGCCCCGAGUGCAACGUGGAGCUGAUGAACAGACUUCUCCUUGAUGCUGGCAUCACCGCUGAUCUGAUCAAGAUCUGGAAAGACAACGAGUUGCCGAAUGGAGUUAAAGCCAUUUUUGUUGCCACUGAUGGAGGGAUAACACGGGUGUACCCCAAAAGCGCUGGGCUGGAGUGGGACGAAGAAGUAGAAACGUAUGAGUCGAGUUUUUACAAAAGAAGUUUGGAGAACAGUCUUUAUAUCAUCACUCCCAAACUCUACAGAAAUGACUCAGAAAAUUCCAUCCUUGUGAGUAAAGCAGUAGACCUCAAGAUCGAUAAUGUGUUACUCAAACCAGCUGUGGUCGGUGUGAAGUUGGACAUCAGGGCCUUGAUGGAGAGCAUCACCAGCACCACAACCGUUAUGAAUUGCAAAGAUGAGAUGUGCGACUGCAGCAUUAACAACAAUGAAUUAGACUGCUUCCUUCUGGAUGAUGGCGGGUUUCUCGUGAUGUCCAAUCAGGACAGUCACAUUGAGAAGAUUGGGACAUUUUUUGGAACCAUCGACUCCCCCAUCAUGGAAGCUCUGGUCAACAUGAGCUUGUUCACCUCAAAGAAAACCUAUGACUACCAGUCUCUGUGCGACCCCAAGCAGGAACCCAAGAAGGACGCAGGCACUCGAUCCGUCUACGUGCCCACAAUAGCAGAUAUUCUGAAUUUGGGAUGGUGGGCGACAGCCGCAGCUUGGUCCAUAUUGCAGCAGUUAUUCGUCAGCAUCACGUUCCCCAGCGUUCUGGACGCAGCUGAUGUUGAGGAUAAAAUGCCAGAUUCCAAGACUAAGGAGGUCUGCAUCACGGAGCAAACUCAGUACUAUUAUGAAAACGAGGAAUCAACCUUCUUCGGCAGUGUCAAGUGCUACAACUGCAGCAGGGACUUCAUCGCUGAAAAGCUGCCCAUGACGAACCUGGUCUUUAUCAUUGCUGCUUCAAAAACCAACUGUACAGCUUGUCCAUCAAGUGAAUUAAGACAGGAAGAAAAGGCAUCGGACGGGCCCGACCCCUGUGAAAUAGCUCUCAAUCCUCGUUAUAGAAAAGGACCCGCUUGUUUUGAUAAGAAUGAACACGAGAAGGACGCAGACUGUGGCGGCGUGUCUGGCCUGAGUCCGUCGCUGUGGCUCACGUUGGGCCUGCAGGUGUUGCUGCUCUGGAUCGGGACCGACUGCAGGCGCCACGCCGUCCCAUCGUGACCAGUCAAGAACCCUCAGCUCCCUCCAUCCAGAUCAACGGCUUAUAAAGAAAGUUCCCAAAAAUCCCUAAAGUUUCUCCCCAAAUGUGUUUACUUUCAGGAGAAUUUCAGAAGAUGAAGAUUUGCCCUCCACCUCUGAUUAUCUUCUGUUGCUUCGACAGAUUCAGGUUCAGAUUGACAGCUGAGUGGAAUUUGGCUUCAUGCCGAUGAUGAAAAAAAUUGGACUGCCUUAUAAAAUGCCAGAGACACUCCAAUGGGGGACUUGGUUUAAGAUUUCCAGCACUGCCAGGAAGAGCGCUGCCCUUUACAUGAAGCGCCGUUGAAGACUUUAUUUUUUUUUUGAUUGAGAUUUUGGCAACAGUUUUGUGGAAGAGAUGCCAAACUUUAACAUCACACCCUCUUUAUCUUCAUUUGCUUCAGCUGGAUUACAUCGUUGUCACUGUCUGAUUUACAGAUAACCCAGAACAUAUUUCACCCCCGUCUCUGAGCGCAUUAUCUUCUCUAGGAUCAGCUGUUCUUUCCUGUCGAGUCACUGUUUGCAGUGUGGAAGUCAUGUUCCUCGUGAUGUUUAUGCACAGCCCCUCUGCUGCCACAGUGCUUGUUUAUGACUGAAUUUCACGCUCCGAGCGGAGGAUCUAAACAGUCAGUUCUGGUGUGAUCAAGUUCGGCUUUGCACGUAUGAUCGACCUCAGUUGGAUUGGCUGGUUAUUUAGUCCACUGGACAAAUUUUUUUGUGCCAAUUCAAUUUUUUGACUUAAAAAAAAGAAUCAGUUAUUGUUUACUGGGAUUUUGUUUUAGUUUUUCUUUGGCUGAUGUGUUAGGAAAAAUUGGGGCAAGUCGAUAAAAGAAGCUGCACUUUC